AUGAAUUCGCAGCCAAUGUCUGCCGCUCGACUUGCCAAGUUGACAUCGUCGUUCGUUGCCUUCACGAAAGGCCGACAGGUCAAGAACCCCAUCGAUGCCAGGCAAUUCCUCAACGCCUGCGACGCUUUUUGUCAGCAGCAAACUACUAUGAAAUGUGUCGAGACCCUCAUUGCGAGCACCAACGGACUCAAAGCUCUCGAGGCUGCUGUUCGCGCGCAGUUGGACCCGGCCUUCAUCAAUCUGACUGUCGUACCUUUCCUCAACCACCUUUCGGGCCCUGAAGUCGAGACCCUCAAUGAUGGAAGAUUUCUUCAGCAAAUUCUUGUGUCUAUCCUGGAGCCACGGUCAUUCUGGGCCGCCCUGUUGGAUGCCUACCAAAACGGCAAGCUCAACGACUCGGGGUUGGAGGCGUUUGCCUGGCUUUCCCUUCAGAUAGUCUCCAGCCAAAAGCCGAAACUAGAGGAACACAGUCAAGAUGUCAAAUGUUUCAUGAAGGAUAAAGUUCUUCUUGAGUCUCGGUCGCAUAAUGUGCGAAAAAUCGCCUACCGAAUCGAGCAUAUGAUCAAAAUCUUUUCUCCCCUCGCAGUCCCCGGCUUUGCAACCAGGCCUGGCGGGAGACAUGAUAACGACUUUGAGGAUUUCCGAGAGAUUUCCAUCUAUCCCACGACUGAUGAACUUCUAUCCUCUGAAGAGCCGUUCCUUCAACGUCUCGAUGACGUGUUUGAUUCGCCGAUGGAAACACGGGCACAAGUGUAUCGCGACUGGCUUUAUCGCCAGCUGAGAGAAGACAUGCUUGCUGAACUGCGUGAAGAUCUUCAAGUUGCUAUGGGUCAGAAGCAGGGGAGACGAAAGCCUACAUCUCUGGGUCAGCUAAGGUUUAUCAAGGCUGACCCUAACCCUAAACACAGGAUCAAUACCUUUACUCUCAACGUCACAUUUGGCAGCGGCAUCUUUCCACCUCAGAUGACAUCACAAGCCGCGAGAAAGAAGUACCUUGAGAAGUCAAAAGCUUCCUUGCAUCACAACCCAAUUGGUGCUCUAUGCCGUGGGUCAGAUAUUGUCGCCUUCGGGUCACUUAUCCGGGAUCUCGAAAUGCUACAGUUGAUGCCACCUGUGGUUGGGAUCAAGUUCAUGAACUCUGAAGGGGUAAGAAAGGCCCUCUUGGCGCUUCUAGGCCCCAACACAGACGACCUGAAAUUCUAUGUGGUUGAUACGGCGAUGUUUGCAUACAAGCCAAUUUUGCAACGAUUGAAGGAUAUGGGCGAGCUCCCACUCGAGUCCCAGAUCGUCAACCCUAAACAAUCAUCAGCGGAAUACGUGCCACCACCCAUGUUACAGGCUCUACUUCAGGCUUCAACAGAGGCGUUCGAGAAGGGAUUUGGGAUACAACUUCCGUCCAGUCUAUGCUCAUCAAAGAAGGUACGACUACGAGGUGCACAACUCGAGUCAUUCAUCAACGGGCUCGGCGAGGAGCUAGCCCUGAUCCAAGGGCCACCAGGCACAGGCAAAUCCUUCAUCGGAGCCCUCAUCAUUUCGGCUAUUUUCCGCCUUACCACCUACCGGGUUCUCAUUUUAACCUACACAAACCACGCCCUUGAUCAGUUUUCGGAGGACUUGAUUCAGAUUGGCAUCUCAACAAAUGACAUGGUGCGGAUUGGUCCCAAAUCAACGCCACAAACCGAAUCCACUCUUCUCAGAAGCUACAGCAGAAAAGGCGAGUUUCGAUUGACGCCCCAAGAGAAUCUUGUCAAAAGAGCCCGGGAGAGAGAGGCUCAAGAGAAUGGCUGUGAGCUGCAGGACAUCGCGGAGAGGCUUUCAGAAAACAAGCCUUGUAUCGCCGAAAUCCUUGAAUACCUCGAGUAUUCAGAGGAAUAUCCUUUAUUCUGGGAUGCAUUCCAGGUUUCCGAGUCGAGUGAUGGGUUUCGGGUUGUCGGAGUCAAGAACAAGAUCCUCCGACCUGAAGACUUGUUCACACACUGGCUUCAGGGCUUACCAACACAGCGACUUCGUGGAUUCAUUUCCUCCCUACCGCCUACUGCUGCAUCCAUCUGGCAAAUCCCGCUCCAAUUUAGAGCAGAAUUGGUUACUAAAUGGUCGCAAAACGUUCGCGACGAAAGGAUUGAAGAAUUUGUUCGGUUGAGCGAAUGCGAGAAUGAGCUUCAAACCGACAUAAAGAGCCUACUUGCAGAACAAGACCGCAAAGUUCUCAAAAGUAAGAGGAUAAUUUCUUGCACUACAACACGGGCAUCUAUGUAUCAGUCUAUCAUCAGCACUGCCAACCCUGAUGUCGUUUUGGUUGAAGAAGCAGGAGAAGUCCUGGAAGCUCACAUCAUCGCUGCGUUGAGCCCCUCAGUCAAACAGCUCAUUCUGAUCGGAGACCACAAGCAGCUGAGACCCAAGAUCAACAACUACAAACUUAGCAAAGAAAAGGGCGAAGGCUAUGAUCUCAAUGUCUCUUUAUUUGAGAGACUAGUACUGCAGGGCCACAGGUUUACCACGCUUCGAGAGCAACACCGCAGUCAUCCCGAGAUUUCACGCCAUGUCCGAAUGCUCGCCUACAAAGACCUUGAAGACACCCCGGAUACCCACAAUCGGGAAAAGAUUCGUGGCCUCGCAAGCCGUGUCACAUUCGUACACCAUGAGCACCAUGAAGAAGAGCAGGCCGGAGUGGGGGAGCGUUGGGACGUGAGCGGCACCAAAGGCAGCAAGAGAAACCAACACGAAGCACUGAUGGUGUUGAGACUUGUGAGAUACUUGGUACAGCAAGGCUACAAAUCCGAAAAUAUCGUUGUCUUGACACCCUACCUCGGCCAAUUGUUCUUGUUGAAGGAGACGCUCCGCGAUGAGAAUAAUCCAUACUUGAACGAUUUGGAUUCGCAUGACUUGGUUCGUGCUGGCUUGAUGGCUGAAGCAACGGCCAAACUCAACAAGAAACCUUUGCGCCUGUCCACCAUUGAUAACUACCAAGGAGAGGAAUGUGACAUUGUCAUUGUUUCGUUAACACGGAGCAAUGCUUCGGGCGACAUUGGUUUCCUGCACGCCCGGGAGCGGUUGGUCGUUCUCAUGUCAAGGGCGAGGAAUGGCAUGGUGCUCUUUGGAAAUGAGCACACUUUCAUGAAAAGUAAGAAGGGAGGUGAGAUGUGGACGCAAUACUUAAAGGCUUUGGACGAAGACGGUUGCCUGCGUGACGGCAUUCCUAUCCGGUGCGAGCGACAUCCGGAAAAAUCGGUGGAAUUGAAGAAUCCUGAGGAUUUUGACAAGUAUUGUCCAGAUGGAGGAUGCACAGAGCUAUGUGGCGCGCUGUUGAGCUGUGAUCACUCGAAAGUUCCCUGCGGAGAGAAAUUGAAGAUUACGUGUCAGCGUGGACACAAGAGCAAAGUCCCCUGCGGAAAGAUCAAUCCCGCUUGCUACAGCUGCAAAAAGGAAGAUGAGGAGACUCGCCGAAGAGCGCUGAGAGAUAUUGCACUUGAGGAAAAGAGACUGGAGAACCAGAAGAAGUAUCGCAAAGAACUUCAAGAACUUGAGGAUGCGAUUGACCACCAACAACGGAUCAUGAAAUAUGAAACGGAGCAAAAGGAGCAAAGCGAAACCCUUCGAAAGAAGAACGAGCAUCUGAGGUCUCUACAGGAUACCAAGGCAAGGAUGGACAAAGCCAAGGCAAACCAGGAAAAGAGGGCAUCCAGCCAGCCUUUGACCUCGUCAAGCAACAACUCCACUGAAACAACCUCAAGCAAGAACCCGAAAGCGUUUGCCACUAGUCCUAGCACGGCCCGGGAUGAGUGGGAGGCUAUGAAAAAGAUGGACGGCUCUUGUAAUCAAGCCAUGGAUACGCUGAUGGAGAUGGUCGGUCUCGGGUCUGUCAAGGGUCGUUUCCUUUCCGUGAAAGGCAGCGUGGACACGAAGAUCCGUCAGGGCUUGUCGCUAGAUGGUGAGAGAUUCAGCUGUUCUCUACUCGGAAAUCCAGGCACAGGGAAAACGACUGUUGCCCGCAUCUGGGCCAAGUUCCUCACGACAGUGGGAGCCAUCUCGGGCAGCUCCUUUGAAGAGACCACAGGGUCAAAGCUGGCCAGCAAGGGUGUGCCAGGCUGUGAAAAACUGUUGGAGGAUAUCAAAAACGACGGCGGUGGUGUUCUCUUCAUUGACGAGGCGUAUCAACUAUCCUCUGGAAACAACUCAGGAGGCGCCGCAGUUCUAGACUAUCUCCUUGCAGAGGUUGAAAACCUUCGAGGGAAGGUCAUCUUUGUCCUUGCUGGGUAUAGCAAGCAGAUGGAGUCUUUCUUUGCUCACAAUCCUGGAUUCCCAAGUCGCUUUCCGAUUGAGAUGAAGUUCGAAGACUAUAGCGACGAAGAACUUCUCAGCAUGCUUCAACUUCAGAUUCAUCGCAAGUACAACGGCAGAAUGCAGAUUGAGGAUGGACCUGGCGGUCUUUACUUUCGCAUUGCGUCUCGUCGGAUUGGCUGCGGCCGUGGAAAAGAAGGGUUUGGCAAUGCUCGUGCCGUCGAAAACUACGUCCAGUCAAUGUUGGAUAGACAGGCUGAUCGAUUGCGACUCCAAAGGCGGGCCGGUACGCAGCCAGAUGACUUGCUGUUGACGCGAGAAGACAUCAUUGGACCCGAGCCUUCAGGUGCCUUGAUAAAGAGCGAGGCAUACCGGAAACUACUCCAACUGUUUGGCUUGAAGGAAGUCAAAGAUAUUCUCAAAGUCCUCCUAGAUACAGUGAAGACAAACUACGAGAGGGAACUGGCCGAGGAAAGUCUCGUCGAGUUUUCUCUGAACCGAGUGUUUCUGGGAUCUCCAGGAACUGGAAAAACAACAGUCGCCAAGCUUUUUGGACGAAUUCUCGUUGAUCUGGGUCUUCUGUCGAAUGGAGAGGUGGUUGUUAAGACUCCAGCCGAUUUUGUCGGAGGAGUGCUAGGACAGUCCGAGGCCCAGACGAAGGGAAUCCUGGCGGCGACCGUCGGAAAGGUUCUGGUCAUUGAUGAAGCCUACGGUCUCUAUGGUGGCGGAGGAGUCAAUUCACCCAGCGACCCAUACAAGACAGCAGUGGUCGACACGAUUGUAGCCGAGGUUCAGAGUGUCCCCGGUGAAGAUCGUUGUGUCCUGCUCCUUGGCUAUAAGGAUCAGAUGGAAAACAUGUUCCAGAACGUCAACCCUGGGCUCAGCCGCCGUUUCCCUCUGAGCUCUGCGUUCAUGUUUGAGGACUUCGACGAUCAAGCUCUGUCUCAGAUUUUGGAUCUGAAGCUGAAGCAAUCGGCCUUCCGCGCUACCGAUGAGGCUAAACGAGUUGCCCUAGAAGUCCUCAGUCGAGCCCGAAACCGUCCCAAUUUUGGAAACGCAGGAGAAAUCGACAUUCUUCUGGGGAGAGCAAAAGAAAGUAACCAAAAGCGGUCUUCCUUGGGCAAGGUGAAGAGGCGAGGCACCCUGGAAGCCGUCGAUUUUGAUGAGGAAUUUGACCGAGCUGAGAGAGGUGGUACGGACAUCCAGAAGCUCUUCGAAGGGGAAGCCGGACGAGGCAAACUCAUUGCCAUGCUAGAGGGGUACCAAAGGCGUGUCAAAGCCGCCAAGAUACUUGACAUGGACCCAGAGAUCCCUUUCAACUUCCUCUUCCGCGGACCGCCAGGGACUGGAAAAUCGACAACAGCGAGAAAGAUGGGCAAGGUGUACUACGACAUGGGGUUUCUUGCCGGCACAGAGGUUAUCGACUGCUCAGCUACAGAUCUCAUAGGCUCGUAUGUCGGGCAGACGGGUCCAAAAGUUCAAGCACUUCUUGACAAGGCCCUGGGAAGAAUCCUGCUCAUCGAUGAGGCUUACCGGCUUGCUGAUGGACCCUUUGCCAAGGAGGCCGUCGACGAGAUUGUGGACUGCAUCACAAAACCAAAGUACGACAAAAAGCUCAUUAUCAUAUUGGCCGGAUACGACAAGGACAUCAACCACCUCUUGUCAAUCAACCCAGGCAUGUCGAGCCGGUUUCCUGAAACCGUUCAAUUUUCCUCAUUUGAGCCUGGAGACUGUAUUGAGUUGAUGAUUGCCCAACUUGGGAAGAAAAAGAAGAAGCUUGAGUUAAACAAGAAGAAAUUCGAUAUUUCGUGCUUGGAAUCUCCCCAGGCAUCUUUCAUUGUGGAUCUGGAGAAGAAGUUUGCGACCUUGUCAGCUCAAAAUGGAUGGGCCAACGCGAGGGACGUCAUUGGCCUAGCUUCGGCCAUGUUUCGCAACCUAGACCUGUCGUGUGAGCCACUGAUCCUAUCUGAAGAGGUCAUUGACAAGACGUUGGACCACAUGAUCGAUGAGCGGAGAGGUAGAAUGACAAACACAAAAGAUCCAGCGGGAGAUGACCUUUCGAUGAAGCUAGCGGAUCACUUUUCAGCUCCGCCUACGAUUCAGACAAACACAUCGACAAAAUCCCAGCAGGCCGAAGACAUCAAGGACGAGCCUGCAGAAGAUCCGGUAGAUGACGGACCAGUUCCGAGCCACCUGGCAAUCCGCGAUGCCGGAGUCAGUGAUGAGGUGUGGGAUCAGCUACAGGCUGAUAGAGAGAAAGAGGCGCGCGAGGAUGCAGAGUAUCGUGAUCUUCUCAAGGCACAACAGACUGCGCGUGACGAAGAUCGUGAGAGGAUUGUACGGGAAGUUCUCGCCGAGGAGGCACGGCGAAAGAAAAUCGAGGCGCAAAAGGCAAAGUUGAAGAUGGCGGGCCGUUGUCCUGCAGGAUUUGACUGGAUCAAGCAGGCCGGCGGCUAUCGCUGCGCUGGAGGAUCACAUUGGAUCACAGAGAGCGAGCUGGGAAAGCUUUAGUUUUUUAUUUCGGGUAUAAAUAGCCGCAAACAAAGAGGUACACGCUU